AUGUCAGCGGUAACAGUCGACGAUCGAAUUAUUCCAGGUCAAGAGACGGAGGAAGUAACUCCUUCGUGGCUAGAAGACACAAAAGUAACGCCUGAGACAGAAGAAGCAACGAAUAAUCUGCGUUCCGCGUCGAAAGGCGAUCAGAUAAUGAAAGUAAGUGGUAAAAAAUCCACUCAGGAAACAAUCCUGAAUUUACCGAAUUCGCAAGAACAGAGAAUCCAUAAGAAAAAAAUGCCUUUGGGCAGAAAAGUAUCUUCUAAAAAGUUAGCCGAGGCCGAUACUCAAACUGUGAAAAUCGAUCAGCCACCUGCUAAAGCUUUGGAUAUCAAAUUUUCUGAUUCAAGGAUGAGCCCGAUCAGUGAAACCAGUACGGCUAAGGAAUUUAACGCUGAAGAUGGCAAUUCUUCAGUUCAGCCGUUAGCUGUACAUGAGAAAGAAACUAGUACCGGACUGUUGGCUGAACACGGGAUCGUUGAAAAUUCUGGCACUAAUAAGAAUGGCUGCAUAGCGCUCAUCCUGGCAUCCGAAGCGGAGAACGUGCAGCUAUGCAAAGAGCUUUUGACGGUAAAUGGAAAAGCGCAGGUGAGACGAAAGCGAAAGGAUAAUGGCAACACAGCUAUGCACAUUGCCUGCCUAAAGGGCAAUGUGGAGCUUCUUAGAGUUAUCAGUGAAUAUGAGCCGUUGGUCGACGAACAGAAUGAUGGCAGUACCAUGAUGCACAUCGCCUCCUUGUUCGGCCAUGAUCAGACGGCAAUGGUGUUCCUGAAAAGAGGAGUGCCGUUGCAAAUGCCAAACCGAAAUGGCUUACAAGCAUUGCAUUGUGCUGCGAUGCACGGGCAUCUGACAGUGGUAAAGGCGUUGUUGAAGAAAGGAUGCCCAAUCGACUUUAAAACCAAGGUAGGUGCAAUAUUAUUCCGUCAUAUUAUCAUGUAUCACUAGUC